AUGGAGUUGGAUCAGGACGUCAACAGAAUCAUCAAGUCUAAGACUGCCACUAAGGUUUCUGCCAUGCAGGCCGAGAUAGAAGCUAACCAUGCCUAUAUAUAUGAUGUGCAGCUAAAGAAGCUAUUACGGUUGCACGACGAAGAGCUGCAGGAACGUUGCCAUACGCCGUUACGAAAGCUUUACGCCAAGUACAGUAGCCGAGCGGAGGGCAACCGGGACCUCCAGACCUGGGCAGAACACGUUGAGAGGGACCUGCGCCUGCUGGAAACCACGCUGAGGCUGGUUCGCGAGGGGAAAGCACAGGACACAGAACAAGCUCCGGGCAAAGGGGACAGAAUUUUUCGUUCCGAUUAA